AUGGCAUUGAGGGAUUUGCCGGUCAAAACAAGAACAGCCGUGGCCAAGGAGAGAGAAGAACCCUUGCCUGAUUUCACCAUAAUCCCCGGGUCAAAGAGGCACCUCUCUGAGCGUCCCUUGAGCCCGCUCCACCCAUCGGCCUCCUGCAGCAGUGCAAAUGGGCAUCUUGUGUACGUGCGCCGGAAGGUUGAAGACUCAGGAAGAGGAGGCACCCGCGACGACAUGGAGAUGGCACCAUCUGCAAAGUCCUCAAUAUCUCACCGCGACGAGAUGAAAAGGCUAAGUUAUGAGCAAGAACACUCACAGGAGCCUAAAUCUUCCCAUUUUCAGUCAUUUUCUCCUUGUGCUCUGGGCGAGCCCACAACCGGUUUUUCAUCAGAGGAGUUGACCUGUACAGCAGCCUCCACUGGUGGGCCCGCCCAAGCUCACUCCCCCAGUCCGAGCAGAGUGCACUGGAAGGAGCGGUUCCUGAGGCUUCAGACGUUCUUGAAAGCCUGCGACCAGGCCGACCAGGAGGAGUACAUCCAGAGUAAGUCCUUUCAGGUGCCAUCAGCCCCUCUCGAUUCCCCAGUGAUGAUCUUUAUUUCUGUCUGAAUGGCGGCUCCGCCAGUGCUUCGAUCUCUGUCCUCAGUCGCCAGGAGUAAACACGCGGUGGAACUGGAGAAAAGAGCGAUACAUCUUCUAAUGGAGGAAGGUGGUUAAGCUUCUUGAGCAGGAAAUCUUCAUUAUCAUGCUGCCUGAUUCUUCUUGCUCGCAUUUAUCACCAGAUAUGACUAUCGACUGUAUUGUUUAGUUUGAUAUAUAGAUUUAUAUUUUUCGAUGAAACUAAUGAAACAAAUUAAAUUAAUGCGCAGGUAAAGAACUGAAGAGGAUGCAGCUUCUGAAUGUCUUGGGGAAGAUUUCUCCAAAUCAGGCCUAG